GAUUUGAGAAAAUGGUAUAUAAGAGCAUCAGAUGGAGUGAAAGACUCCAGAUCUUCAUCAUGAAGUGUUUGAUUCUCAUCUUCCUCAGCUGUACUUUGAUCAGUGCGCAGCCGCAGCCGUGCAUGUCUCCUGGCCAGUAUGUCGGCAGCAUGUCGCUGACAGCGGCUGACGGCAUCAUCACAUCUGCAGCCACUUACUCGUAUGAUUCUCAUGAUCAAAAAAUCCGCUUCAGAAACUACUUGACGAUACUCGACAAGACGGUUUAUAUGGAUCUUCUGAUGCACUUCAAAGAGGGUGUGAUGUAUGAAAUCGACUACUCAAGCUUCAGCUGUAAGAAGAAGGUUCUGGAGUCAAGUUUUCACCCCAUGCAGGUUCCUCCGGAUGCUGUCUUCAUGGGUCAGGUGGUUUUAGGAACCACAUCAGUUCCUGGUCUGGGUCUGUUGACCAACUCGUGGGUUGGAGAGAUUUCAGAGAUUCAAGCUCAGUAUAUGCUCACCUUCACUGAGUUCACGUGUCUGCCGGUCAGCGCGAUGGUCUACAUGCCACACACGGGCUGGAUCACCAUCAGUUUCUAUAAUCAUCAGUUGGGCGAACAGAACCCUGAAGACUUCACGCCUCCAUUCUUCUGUCAAACGGCAGCGCUGGAGAAACACGAGGACUUGCCCAAAACAAACUUCUUGAAGGCCAUUCGGCAGUGAAACGGACUGCAGCAUAACACUUUAUUGACUUUCAGUGGAUAUUCUGUUGCUUUUGAAUGAUUAAUAAAUAAUAUAUAAGCAUGAAAGUCAAUCAUUGUGUGUUCU